AUGGAAGAAAGGAAGAGGCGCAUGAUCACGUGCUACGAAGCGCGAGUCGAGCACGUGAUAGCGUCGGGAUUCUUUUUUAAAUUUUACUCCUCCACUAUCGUCUGGAUGUUACGCGUUAUUUUACUCCUUGAUUACCGGUUACUGUCCCCUAAACAGGAGGUUCGACCUCGGAAGAAUCUUAUCCCAGCAACAGUCCGACUUGAUAUAAGCUUUUACUCUUCAUUGGAUAGCGACACCUUGGAUCCCUUGUAUUUGGACCUUUUUCUGGAACCUAUACCUGACCCCGAAGACUCGGACAUAGGUAUCAUCGAUCCAGCCAUGGAUCUCGUCUUCUCUCCAAUAUCCCCGGUAGAUAAGAUCUCGUCAUUGGCUGCAUUCGAGAUAACCCUCGAAUUUCAGGCCCAGGUGACGAAUUUGGAGUUCCGUGUCUUCCUUUGUCUCCCAAAUCCGGAUGUUUUUUUACGCAAGGCUCUGGUUCUCAAGGCUGUGACGGCUCCAGCCACUCGUUACACAUAUCGCUCGAAGGACGCCCUGGACAAGAGGUGGACACCACAGACCGAUUAUCUGAUUUUCAAGGAUACCGCCUUGAAUUUAAGCCAUCGCUUUGGGCGAGAAAAGUCGUUCUUCAACUUGUUCACCUUUCGCCCAGUAACCGCCCUGUACACUGAAAUUAUGCUCGUUGUUGCCUCCUCCCGCCGUGAUGAAUGCAAAAAGUCGUUCAAAAAGGUGGGCGGCUUGAAUAGCCGCGAGGUGCUCCAGCUGAGGGAGGAGGGCCGAGAGAGAAAGCUGUACAAAUGUCCCGACUCCCCGCGGACGACAAUACAAUUUUGCAACUUGAAGGUGCAUGUGAAUUUCCGGCAUGGAAAGAACAUAAACCCGAUCCGUCUCUUGAGCACUUCCGCCUAG